AUGUUACACUCGACCCCAUACUACGCAAAAGCCAACGGGCAGGCCGGGGCGACUAAUAAGGUCAUCAAACUCAUCGUUCAGAAAAUGAUUGAGCAAAACCCAAGACAAUGGCACGUUUUCCUAUCCGAAGCUGUUUGGGCGAAUAGAACCAGUCAAAAGUCUGCCACAGGGACUUCACAUUUUAGGAUGGUGUAUGGGCAUGAUGCGAUGCUGCCAAUGGAGUUGUCUGUUAUGUCUACUUGCCGCCAGUAUCAGAAUAAAUUGUCUAGAGACAAUUAUUUCGAGAAGAUGGUGAUAGAAUCCCUUGAUUUGGAUAAAGAAAGAUUAACAGCAUUAGACCAUCUUGAGGGUCAGAAAAGAAGGGGUGAACGAGCAUACAAUAAGCGAGUGAAACCGAAAUCGUGUGUCGUGGGCGAUUUGGUGUGGAAAGCGAUUUUGCCCAUUGUUCACAAGGAUAGGCGAUUUGAAAAAUGGAGUCCGAAUUGGGAGGGACCAUUUAUCGUGACUACUAAGCUAACUGGUGGUGCUUAUUUCUUAGAAAAUAUUGACAGUCAGUUUUGA